UCAAGUGAUUGGCUCAGAGUGUGUUUGUAGCUCCAGUUGGGAAGGUAUUUCCUGAUUGGUCGCUGUGAGCACCAUGGGUCACUGUGGAAGCCCACGUACAAGCCUGGUCAUUCAGUGGUGGGAACAGUGCUUGGUUUUCAUCCCACUUACAUGUGGAGGAGGCUUGGAGGAAGCCAAACCUGAAGUUACUACAGAGGUUGCUAUGGCUAUGUUCUUGUUACUACUCAGUUGUCUGCAUCUUCUUUUUCUACUGCUACACGGUGAGUUGUGUCUUUUGUUGUGUGAUAUAUUCAUUCAUGGUGUGCAAUUUAAUUUUCCAUUAAAGGCAGAGUUGACUUGACUAAGAGUCGAGAUAACAUGAGGGUUAAAUAUAGAGGUUUGGUGAGUUUUCUAUACGAAAAGUUGUUGUUUUUUGUCAUUAUGUUUAUGGUUUUUUGACCUGAUUUUCCAUGCAGUAGGUGAUUGUUUUCGGACGGAACCAAAUCUCUGUGAUUCAAGUUGUGCUGGGUCUCCUACCCCCGACUUGACCUAUCAGAGAGGGGUCAGGUAUACUUACAGGUAUAGCACGACAAUUACUACAACCCUUCAUGGCUCCAGUGCUGGAAGGAAUGGACUGGCUUUGGACUGUGUGGUUGAUAUCGACGUGGUUUCCAAGUGUCACCUAAUGAUGCAGAUCAGGAAUCCACAGAUAAAGCGACUUUCCCCUCAGAAGGAACACUCUGUGCAACGCUUAAAGAGCUUGAGAGAUUUGCUGGAGAGAACGCGCCUCAAGUUCUCCCUCCAUGGGGGAAAGGUCACGGCCCUCUGUCUCCAGGAGGGGGAGCAGGUGUGGGCCCUCAACAUUAAAAGGGCUCUACUGAGCAUGCUCCAGACCUCCCGCAUGGCCUCCAAACAGGAAUUAGUAAAAGAGACUGAUGUGUAUGGGACGUGCAGCAGCAAGUAUGAGAGGAGAGGAGCUGUACUGCUGAAGAGCAGGGAUCUAAAACAGUGCCAACAGGCCAGACUGGCACACUUCUGGUCUCAUUCAGUAGCUUUAACUGAAGAUACUUCAGUGCAAUCAGAACUGAACUGUAUUCAGAAGCAUGGAUCUACAGUGAUGGAAGAGGUCAACUGCACUGAAGUUGUUUCUAUGGCAACAUGGUCCGAGACUGCAGGGUUGGUUAAGACAAAAACAGUGUCGACCCUGCUGCUGCUCAGAGCCCAGCCAGGGACCCCCUCAGGAGCAGAUUCCGUAGGUCUUGGUGUUCUGACUGAUCUGCAGUUUGAGGACGAGGGGGCUGCAAGGCCAGGAAAAGCCAGAGCGUCAACACCUCAGCAAGCCAGCCAAACUGUUCGGAUGUUAUGUAGCCUCACCUCAGACCCACAACUGCUAUCGCAAGAGUUCCUUGAACUGGCUUUCCAGCUAAGAGAUCUGACACUUGCUCAAUUGAAGACACUUUGGCAAGAAGCGUCUUUCAAGUGCCUCAACGACUGGCAGCCUCUGUUGGAUGCAUUACCAGCCUGUGGAUCUGAACACUGCAUCGUACUGCUGACCGACCUGAUGAGGAACAAAGAGCUGGAGGAGGAGCAGGCUUACGCUUUUUUAACCACCAUGGCCCUCAUCCCUCAUCCAUCGCCACAGAUCAUCGAGUCCAUCAAUGCCUUACUGCAGGUCCAAGAGCUGCGUUCAAAGGCGCUGCUAGCUGGAUCCUCUCUUGUGUAUCAACUGUGCCAAAAGUCUCAAGCCUCCUGUAGUGAACUUCCUCAGGUGCAGUCCUUCAUACAGACUCUUGAGGAAACCCUGAAGGAGGGCUGCGAGGAAGAACAACCCACUCAAGCGAAGUUUUAUUAUGCACUGAAAUCUGUGGGAAACAUUGGUCUGUCUGCUCCAACCUUUAUUCCAUUGCUAAAAUGCUACAUGCUAAGCCCCUCAACUGCACUUGAGCUGAGACUAGCCGCCAUCCAAGCCUUCAGACGCUUUCCCUGCUCAGCUGAUAGGUCUGUGCUGUUGCAGCUGUACCGCUCCUCCCAGGAGGAUCCCGAGGUCAGAAUCGCUGCAUACCAGCAGCUCAUGCACUGCCCCAACCAGGACGUGUUUGAAGUGGUCAAGACCACGCUGAGGAACGAGACCUCCAGCCAAGUGGGCUCAUAUGUGUGGAGUCACCUGACUAAUGUCCUGAGGAGCGAGGACCCCAUGAAGCAGCCCCUAAUCGAGUCACUGCCUGAUGACAUUAUCAGUAGAGACUUUGAGGCUGAGUUUUUGAAAUACUCUUUUUAUUCAGACUACACUAUUUCAUCAGGCAUGGGGAUUCAAAAUGUGGAAACCUCUUUGGUUUUCUCUCCCAAAUCGUUUCUACCAAGAUCUGCCUCUGCCAACCUGACACUGUAUUUACAUGGCAGAGCCCACAACCUUCUGGAAGUGGACCUUCACGUUGAAAACGCUGAACCUCUUUUGAGGAACGUUUUCGGUCAGCAGAACUCAGAUGGAGAGUCCCAGGCUCAAAGUCCAAAGUCGCAGUUCAAAGAGGCAUCAAGGACAAGAAGAAGAACAGAGGAUGGACGUAGUGCAGAAAAAGAAGCGUGUUUAUCUGACACCAGCAGUUAUCUGAGCCAGGCCAGGGCCAUGUUGUUUGGGAGGAGGAGAUCAGAGGAGAACAGGCCCCGGUGCUGGGUUGGUGUGAAGGUGUUUGGCAAUGAGCUCAGCGUGUUCUCAUGUGAAGAUCUCUACAACCAAGUGGACCAUCUGUCGCUGAGCGUGGCCGGACUGGCUGUCAAACUGCUCAAGGGUCAGGAAGUCCAGCUGAACCACCGGGCCGUGCUGAUGACAGACGAGCUGGUUUUACCGUCUCUGUCCGGUUUACCCAUCAAACUGGGCAUCAACAUGACCUCCCUCCUGUCGCUGCGUCUGAAGGGCAACAUCAACUACAGGGACACCUCUCACUUCUCCCUGACCGGAUACAUCAAACCAAAUGCCUACGUGGGGCUGUCGGCCAGGAUGGGGGUUGACGGUGCUCUGGGUCAGGCUGCGGUGGACUGGGUCUCUGAGCUGAGGAGCUCCACCAGUCUGGAUGGUAGUGUUCAGCUGCAGGAGGGGCGGGAUGUCCGGGUCACACUGAACACACCGGAGGACGUCAUGGACAUCAUCUCUCUCAGCUCCAGAGUGUUUCAGCUCAGUGGAGACCACAGAGAGGAGAUCAGGGGGCCAAAGAGUCGAGUGCAGAAGACCUCCUGCACCCCAAAGACAUGGUCCAAGAUGGUCGGCUGGCAGCUGUGCUCCAACGCCUCGUACCCAUCGGUUGCCCCAGGGGUUUCACUUCCUGCUCCAGGACCCGUCCACCUCUCCCUCCGCCUGCUGAAGCUUGACCGAGGCCUCCAUUAUUACAUGUUGGAGGCCGCCUACUCACUGCGCCCUCAGAGAGGCACCUGGCUGCCCAGAGAGGCCUCCAUCCACUUCCUCCUGGCCACACCUCAGUCCUCCAUCCCCAGGGACAUGUCUCUGGACCUGACCUUCAACCCCCACAGACUGCUGCUGAGGAUCACCCACCCUCUGAAAACCAUCCACAUACAAGGGCAACUUGAACAAGAGAGAAACGUAAAGUCAGGGAAGCUGGAGCUUAUAAUUGAUGGUGUUCACUAUUACGUCAUGGGUUUGGUGGACACUCACACCCUGCUGUCAGAGCAGAGGACGCGCUAUCACCUUGAAGCCAAAAUGGCCGCUGAUGGACUUCCCAUGAUCCUCUCUGCCAAUGUUACACGUGGACUGGGCAGGAAGACCAGCUUCUCCGCCACUGUGAAGAACGUGUUCAGAGAAACUGCAUCACUGUCGGUGUCCCUGGAGCGCAGGCGGGAUGCCAGCAGCAGGCAGUACUCUGUGGAGGCGGAGCUCCUGUUACCUGGGGUGGUGGGCACCAGGAUGCUGGGUCUGAUGGAGCAGAAGGGCUCAGUGUGGAGCUCCGCGCUCAGGCUCAAAUAUGGUCUAGGAGGUGAUGCCCGGCACCUGCGUCAGGAGUGCUACACGUCUCAGAGACUAAGGAGGGAGAGGGACUCAAAUCUCACCUACAUCAUGAGAGCAGAACAUGAAUUCUACUGCUCCAACACGGCUCCCAUCAACCACAAGAUCCACCUCCGCCACGAGGAAAGCCCCGUCCACAUUAAAUCGUCCCUGGACGUGAGCUACGGCAAACACUGGGACGAGAUUAACAACAAACGCACACUUCUACUGAGCCAGUCCUUCAAAAACCAAUCCACACAAAACCACACCAGCUACACACUGGAGUUCAGUCUCCAGGUCCCAGAGAAGAAUCUGAACUACCGGACCCAGCUGAUGCACUCUCACCUGAAACAGCUGGGCUCAGAGAGCAGCACUCAUCUCAAAAUCCAUUACAACAACCUGAUGCCUCUGGUGGCCGGAUUACACUGGAAAAGCCCCCCCAAAGGCUCCUCGCUGAGGAAAUGGGAAGGCAGCCUCACCAUGGACUCUCCCUGGCUGUACGUGUUCACCUCCCACAGACUGACCCAGCAGCAGAGCCACUCCCUCCAGCUCACCUCAGAGCUGACCGCCAGCAAGUGGCUGAACAUCCGGACCCUCAUGCUGGAGGCUCUCUACAGGAGCCGGGGCCGGGGGGGGGAGGCCCGCCUGGAGAUCAGCACAGCAGCCGCUCAGUACAUCCAGGCAGGGGGGUGGGCCGUGGUGGGGAAGCGCGGUGUGAAGGCCUCCGGCUCUCUGAGCUCGUUUUGGACCCCCCCCCCUGAGAGGAGACGUCUCCCUAGAGGCCUCUAA